AUGUUUUCAAAGCGCAACGACUCGUCGACGGCAUCGGUGCCCGUAAGUCAAACAGGCUACUCAUCGCCAUCGCAAUCCAUUGGUCCUGUUUCCGUUGGUUCGAGAAGCGUACCAACAAACGAAAAUGGUGAAAAGCAGAAUGUUGAGUCAUCUCAGCAGCAGGGUGUUUUGAACCAACAGUACGACUCAAAGAACAUGGCCUCUGUAUUUGAGCAGUAUUAUGAGAUGGAAGAUAUGGAGAUUGCCAAGAAUGGGACAAAGAGUAAUGUCGCCCGAGUCCCCUUGAGUGGCUACAUAGGCAAUUUCUUCUCCAAGUCAGCGAAAUAUCAAAUGGGCGCCUACCCGCAUUCGUAUCAAGAACCCGGAUAUAGCUUCAAUGAAACGACGGAGUAUCGGCACAAAGACAACUUUCAGCGUGUCUACUUCGGCUCUUCGGAUGACCGAUUCUUAGACCCUGCCGAUGGUCGCGUCAAGGAGCUGGUCGUUCAGUGCACCGAUCAAGUCUAUCGUGGGCCUCAGAACUCCACUUACAAGAGAACUUUUAUUCGAAAUGUUGCACCCCUUACACUGAGACUAGCUAACUGGCCGAUGAGUGGACUUGAUGAGGUAGACUCGGAAACCAGGAGUUUCAAGAGAAUGAUGUCCUCUGUUGAGCUCCUGAUAAAGUGGCCCAUUUCAGUUGCUUUACUGUCCACAGUAGUAGGUGUCCCAGGUGUUGCAUCCACUGGCCAAAUUUUGAACUCCGGCAAUUACGACCCAUUUCCCUACCGUUACUGGGGAUAUUGCAAAGUUGCCCGCAACACCAUUGAAGGAAGCAGAUUGAGUUCAGCUUCGAGGCCUUCACUGGCAUCAUCUGCUACCGUCUCUUCGAACAUGAAUCGAAUUCUUGAACCGCAAACUCUGUGUUUUGAUAUAGGCGAAGAGUGGGCACAGACCCGGUCGGUGGAGAGCUGGAAGAAUGACCCAAGCAACAAAAGCCUUUACAAGAAGUGUCCAGAAUACAUUUUUGUCGCUUAUACAGCAGCACAAUUCAGCAAUUCAGACGAUGAUAAAGCAGCUAUCCACAAAAUUGGCCUGAAAGCAGCUAGAGAUGCGAAAGUACCGGCCUAUUGGCUUGGCUCAGCUUGUAUGGACGACAAUGAUGUGGAAAAUGAAGUCUUCCGUAUCAGUGAUAUCGUUCGCGGAGCUCAUUCGGUGGUGAUUGCUAUUGGCACGCCAUCAGAGAAUGCGCCAGAGCCAUGGCAGAACGAGGAAGAGAGAAUCCGGAUGCUUCUGCGUCAAUGGGGAGAACGAGUUUGGACAUUUCCCGAGGUCUUGCUAUGCAGGAAUGAAAAUAUGAAGGUGUAUGAAAAGAAUAAAGGGGACGUCAUUUUAGAUCUUCCCAAGAACCGGCUAGCGGCAUAUUUCUGGAAUGAUCCCGAAAGCAGUCGGCAACUUCUCGAUCACUACGCGGGGAAUCUUAUCCUCGGCUCCCUUCAGCUUUUAAGCAUUUCCUUGGGCUGUCUUUUUGCCAGGAAAGCUGGAAAAUAUCUAGAUGGUGAUCAAUCUUACGCGCUUAUGGGUCUCCUUAGCCAGCGACCAAAAAUUGACGGUAGUGAUUCCGAAUUCCAGGCCUUCGCUCGUCUUUCUCUUGCCAAUGAUAGCGAUCGUAUACUUGAGAGGUUGAUGUGCAUUUUACCUAAGGAUUGCUACCAGCCAUGGUAUUGUGUUUCGGAUGGAUAUGGCGUUUCUCUCUGGGACAUUGAGCCAUAUUGCCAAAUUGCUGGUAUCUGCGAGGAUGAUACCGUCCUAGUUGAUGCAGCCUUUGGUGCUACAAUCCAUUGGGAUCGAUUUCGUAAAGUCAACGCCCGACGGGCAAGCUCAGCCGGGCGAAUUUUCAACCAGAUUUUACUUCAUGGAGCCCCGUUCUUUCUCGCUAUAGGCAUAAUAUUAUGGAAAACGACUAAACAUGCUAUCAAUGUACUCAAUACUACAGCUUCGGAUGUCUCGAGUAUUAUCGAAAUUGAAAGAAAGAUUACCUCGGGUAUUGUCGACAUCGGAAAAAACAUCACAGAUUGGGUAUCCAAUAUCCCAAUGUUGGAAAACGCUACAGAUUUGAUACAUUUGACUAAUUUGAAUGGCAUUUUCUCCGCUAAUGACGUCCCUGGUACUGACUUGUUACAUAAAAUCCGUGCUCUUCUUUCUUGGUCACAAUUCUUUCAAGUCAUUGGUCUUAUACUUGUUAUCGUUGCGCUGGCAACGUUUGUUCUUUCACCAUACCUCACUCGCCUCUUAUAUCGCGGGAAGUUCUGGGGCUCCCAAGCCUGGCUGUUUGGAUUUGAAGGAUAUGCAGAUUUGGAGACAAUCGAGUCUCAAAUAUUCGGUGCCCGAAUGCAUCGAUUCCACUGGAGCCCAAAUGGUUCCUCCCUGUCUCGACACGACAAAAAUGAUUCGAAUGAGUGUGCAGGACAAGACCCAAUAAACGACUCGAUAAUUCGGACAAAAAUUGAGCAAGCUGCGAGGAACGAGGGCUCUGAUAGGAUGAGAAUCUUCACACUGAUAGAUACCAAUACGAUGACUGUUACUCUGUUUGAAGCAGCACGACCACCGAGUGUUCUUCUUCUGUGUGCAGCGGAGGGAGGUAUGCAACGGGCUAUUGCAUGCUCAUACCAGUGGAUGACGGGGACCUGCUACCGGGAAACAAUCCUUCGUAUGGAAACGCCUGUUCUCGAGAAAAUGUCUCGAGUCUCUCGGGUCAAAUUAGGGGCUUUUAGGAAAUAG